AUGGGCUCCCUCAGUGCAGCAAACACCAAGUUCUGCCUGGACUUCUUCAAAGAGCUGAGCAAAGUAAAAAGAAAUGAAAAUAUCUUCUUCUCCCCACUGAGCAUCUCAGCUGCCCUGAGCAUGGUCCAGCUGGGUGCCGGAGGCAACACGGCCGAAGAGAUGGAAAAAGUGCUUCAUAUUCAUGAGGUGGUGAGCAUGGCAAGUCCAGGAACCAAGAGCACCACUGGAAAGUGUGAAGAAGCCAGAGGAGCCCAUUCUCAGUUCCAGGAGCUUCUGUCUGCCCUUGGCAAAGCUGGUGCCACGUGUUCCCUCAGCAUUGCCAACAGGCUCUUUGGAGAAGUGACUUUUCAGUUCCUUCAGCAAUACUUAGACUCCACAAGGGCCUUGUACCAUGCAGAGCUGGAAGCGGUGGACUUCAUUAAUGCUGCUGAAGAGUCCAGAGGGAAGAUGAAUUCCUGGGUAGAAAAGCAAACCGGUGGGAAAAUUAAAGAUCUAUUUCCUCCUGGCUCUAUUGAUUGCACAACGGUGCUAGCUCUGGUCAACGCUCUACACUUCAAAGGGCAAUGGGCUAUAAAAUUUGAGGAGAAAAACACCAGGGAAAUGCCUUUCAGGCUGAACAAGAGAGAGCACAGGAAUGUACCGAUGAUGUGUCAGACAGGAAAAUAUAAAUUAGCCAGGAGACAAGAAGAGCAAAUGACAGUGCUGGAGCUCCCGUACACUGGAGAAGAGCUCAGCAUGUUCAUUCUUCUGCCAGAAAACAUCUGUGAUGAGUCUACUGGCCUUGAACAGCUAGAGAGUUCUGUCACCUAUGAGAAAUUAGCAGAAUGGACCAACAUGGAGAAUGUGUAUCCACGAAAAAUCACAGUAUACUUGCCCCAGUUCAGAAUGGAGGAGAGCUAUGAGCUCAUGCCAGUACUGCAGGCUCUGGGGAUGAGGAAUGCCUUCGUCCUUCAACAAGCUGAUUUCUCUGGACUGUCAAGAAAGCCUGGGCUGUUCCUCUCUAAGGCCAUUCACAAGUCCUUUGUGGAAGUUAAUGAAGAAGGUACUGAGGCAGCUGUUGCUACAGGGGUGACUAUAAUACCGUUGUGCCUCCACAUUCCAGAUGAGUUCAGAACUGACCACCCGUUCCUCUUCUUGAUCAAACACAAUCCGAGCAAGAACAUUCUCUUCUUUGGCCGAUGUUGUUCCCCCUAA